GAGAGUGAGCACGAUGAGGGUGGCGUGAUUUAGCAACAUGCCGAAUAGCUGCCAUGCUGGUCGGCGAUAGCUUCGGUGCUGUCGCAAAAAGAAAUCAAGCGACAUUCCUGUCCGUUGACGAUGAAGACCACAGAAGACCUCAGAAGAUUUUCGCUUUCACCUCAGAACCUGAAAGCACUGGGAAAAGGCUGUUGCACAUUAGCUAGUUUUCGUUUUCAGUCCACCCUGAGCAGAUUUCCUUUCCAGAGGGGUCGGCGAGAAUAUGUAUCGUUCUUGCCUGCUGCUAGCUUUGGCUGGCCUUUUCCUGUCCGCCUUACUGGGUACUGAUGGCAGAUACUUGGGAAAUAGCAAGAACAACGACCCUGUGCGAAUCAGCGUUAGGUCCAGUAGCGACGAUGCAGGAGAGUCUCUAGACUCCGCGGAAUCUGCAUCAGACGAAGACAGUGAUUCCUCAGCCGACAGUACUAGCAAUGCCAAUCAAGGAGCCAACUGCGUUAACUGUGUUCAAAAUGAAGGUGGCGGUGGACAAACAGGCGGGGGCACAGCGGAUGCCUGUGGUCCAGUCCAAAGCUGCGAAUCAGUUCCAGUGUUCACGUCCACGUUGGCGGUAACAGUAUUCAACAAUGUGGUGGUGGCGGGCCUAAUCGACAAUCAGCCCCAAACAGGAAGCAUUGCGGACACCUUCUCGCAGACACUGAACGAAUUGCAGUCAAGUGGUGUUUCGGAAUGCUCCGCCUGUACCAACAAUGGCAGAUCUUUCUUCUGCACCUACAACUUUCUGACAGGGCCUACCAGAGAAAUGACAUUGCAACUGGAUGUGGAAGAUGUAAACGCCCAGCAACUCGCUGUUAACCGAAUCAUCUUCCAAACUGUGGAGAUCCCAGUGUACGGUCGAUUCCGCGUUACCUACACCAACCCAAUGUUGCGCGCUGACAGAAAAGCGUUCCUGUCCGAACCUGACUCGAUCGAAGUGAGGCUGCCAGGAUCCAAUAUCUUCAUUCCGUUCAGUCAAACAAUGGGUCCGCUUCGGACGGAGUGCACAGUCACAAGACAAUGCGGUUCUAGUUUCGACCCCAACGCUGUCAUCACUACACCGCCACAACUUUUCCCAGAAGGCGUUUCACCACCAAGCGAUGACGACCUCCGAUCAAGCCAAGCACUGAUUUCGGGAACAACGCUGAGUGGCCUGGCUUGUCCAAAUCUAUGAACAAUCCGACGGCCAAUAAUUGCACACAUUGGAAAAGGCGAGUUACCUUUCGCACGUUAGCGACACCGUGCUCCUAUAAUACCCCUGUCCCUCAGACUCAUAUCCCUGUCCUGCACACUUAUAUCCCUGUCCUGCACCGAAUACAGCAAUACAACCAUUAUAGCUAUACAUGUAGCCAAUUACAGCUACACUGCAGCUGCUUCUCUCACGUUCUGCUUGUUCAGUGUUUCCUUCUAUCCCAACCCAUGGCGGCCAUCAUGUAUGUGCACCGAAAUAUUUUCGCUGACGCAGCCUCCCAGCUCUUGAAAGGUGCACUGUACCUGAAAAUUCUGGCUCCCAGCCUCGUUUUCAAGUCUGGAAAAUAACGUUAGUAGCACACAGAAAAGUAAAAUCAGUGCUUUCUAUAUCUCAAACUAUCUUUCCAAUACGUGUAUCUCUAUCUGCAGUACAUAAUCAUGUAUGCUUUCUACCCCACGAGAUUUUCCCAUAAUUUUUUUUACUUUCUCCGGUUUGACGGUAAUAACUAGCCUAUCAUGGUGACUAUUAUAGCUGUUAUCUAAAUCAGUGAAAUAGCUAUCUGUCCAUGUAUGUACAUGGAAUCUUGUU